AUGAAGUUUUUCUCCAUCGUAUUCGCUCUCGCCCUCAUCCUCGCUGGAGCUCUGCUCGCCGAGGCGGCUGCCAUCGAGCACGCUGGUCCCUGGAGCGACAUCCACCCCAAGAGCGCCAUGAAGCACUUCAAGAUCUACGCCGAGCCCGCUGAUACUGACCUACGUACGGCCAAGCCCGACUACAGCAAGUGCACGACGUACAGCGAUGCCGGCAGGAAGGCCACCUUCAAGUUCUUUGCCACUUGGGACAGGCUGCAGUUCCAGAAGCUGGGUCCUCACACCCUCGGUGUCAACUGCAUCAAUUGCACGCCCCAAGAGCUGGGCAACAUCUACCAGACCGAGAUGUACCUCAACUGCAAGAUUCAGGACCAAAGGCCUGCUGACUGGACGCCUCAGGGCCAGUAG